UGUUCGCAUAACCUUUCCUGAUGUUCACGAGAAGCGCGAAAAUGUAAAAACACUUUGUUGACAUUCGCAUAACUCUCGAGGAUAUUCGCAGCGGUCAAUUAUCACACCGCAAUGUCAAAUGAGUCAUCGUCAAUUGCUAUUUCCAGUUUCGUUCUCGAUGACACCUGAAGAGGAUUUCUUAAUUUUAUAAACAACGUGUCCAAUAUGUGCAUUAAAAUAUAAACAGAAAGAAUUAUUUGAAACAGAUUUAUCACAAAUCAAUAGACAAGUAAUCGCGUAAAAUGCUCUCGAGAAUGUUACGCGAUAUCACUGAAAAGUGGUUCAACAUACGGAGAACAACUAGAAAAGGCGUGCAGUCUGCCAAAGAUACGGUUUUCCGCGGCGGUAUCAUUAUUAUCAGCGUUCUUCUCAUAAUUUGGUUGUCCAUAUUUCUCUAUACAGCCUUUUACUAUGCCUACAUGCCGAGCAUGUCGUACGUACGGCCCGUAAAUAUGAAUUUCAAAUCGUGCGACAAAGAGAAAGGAAAAUGCAGUUUUCCACAAGCUCAACUACAAUUGACCAAGAAGCAGCAACUUUUGAUGGUUGGUCAGCCGUAUAAAAUAAAUUUGCAUCUAGAAAUGCCAGAAUCACCAGCCAACAAAGAACUUGGUAUGUUCAUGGUCUGUGCUCAAUUGCGCAGUCGUGAUGGAUAUCUUAUAGAUCAUACAUGUAAAUCAGCAAUGUUACAUUAUCGUAGUACAUUAUUACAUAUACUUACAACUCUUACAUUUUCUCCCAUGAUGAUUUUUGGAAAAGCUGAAGAAAAACAAGAUGUUAUUCUUGAAUUGUUCAGUAAUUUUGAAGAAGAUCAGAACCAUCCAGUAACAAUUAUAUUUAUUGAAAUCCAAUCAAGGCACAUUGAAUUUUACUCUGCUAAUCUCAUAAUAAAUGCUCACUUAUCAGGACUACGUUACUGGAUGUUUUAUUGGCCAAUUCUAUCAGCUAUUGCUGGCAUUGGUACAAUCUUGUUUUUCAUAAUACUUGUUUACACAUUGUCAUAUUUACAUCUUGAAAUUGAAGAGGAAAAUACGGAUGAAAAUUUUGAAAAGAGCAACUUCGACAACGAUAAAGAUCUUAAGACUGAUUAUUUCAAAGAUGAGGAGAAAAGUACAGAAGAAGAAAAGCCUUUUCAAGAAGGCCAAAGCUAUAUCCAGGAACUUUCUGUACCAGCUGUUGAGUCAUCAAGUAGUGAAUGUUUGAUGUAAAGAUGUAUAAUUAUAUUUUGCGUGAUAUAAGAAUGAAUGUUGCAAGACAGUUGAAUAAUUAAUCAUUUACAGAGGAAUAUUAACAAAAAAGUUAUUAAAAUAAGAAAUAUAUUUUUUAUAUUCUAUAAUAUGCAAUAUAUUUUGCUUCUAUUUUAAAAUAUACCAUAUUUUAAGUAAUCGA